AUCCUCACCACUUCUACACUCCCAUCUCAACUCCCAUCUCUCUUUAGUUCUCCACAGCUUGAAAUGUCUUACAAGGUGAUGGCUGCAUGCGUGCAGAGCUGCCGCACCAAAUCCGCCAGUAUCAAACCCAUCUCCUUCCACCUCAAUGGUUCCCUCGUCGGCGGCCCUAGUCUCUGCCAGUUGAUGGUCGACGACGUCUGGUGCACCAUCCAGGAAGAGGCACGGACCGAGGCCGAGGAGGAGCCCUUCCUCCGCAAACACUACUACGACCUCGUCCUCUGUCAUGCAACUCUUGAGUCCGCUCUCUCGGCCCACCUCGCCAGCAAGCUGGCCGUCCCCACCGUCCUACCCAGCUGCGCCCUCCAGGAGCUAAUCUCAUCGGUUCUCACGAAGGAUCCGAACAUCCGGCGGGCUCUCCGCUGUGACCUACGCGCCGCCAAGGGCCGCGACCCGGCCUGUGCCAAGAUGGCGCACUGCUUCCUCUACUACAAGGGUUUUCAGGCCUUACAGGUACAUCGAGUUGCCCACCGGCUAUGGACUGAGGGUCGUCGGGCCACGGCACUGUUGUUGCAGAGCCGCACCUCAGAAGUCCUCGCAGUGGAUAUCCACCCGGGGGCUAGAAUUGGUGCUGGGGUGCUGCUCGAACAUGCCACCGGGGUAGUGAUCGGUGAGACAACGGUGGUCGGGGACGACGUCUCGAUCCUGCACGGGGUCACAUUGGGAGGCACCGGGAAGGAGGGCGGUGACCGGCACCCGAAGAUCGGCGACGGAGUGCUCCUCGGUGCCGGGACAAAGAUCCUGGGCAAUGUGAGGAUCGGGGAGGGGACCAAGAUAGGGGCGGGGUCGGUGGUGCUGAAGGUAGUACCGCCGAGGACGACGGCGGUGGGCAACCCAGCGACUUUGGUCAAUGGCAAGGAGAACCGGACCGGACACAUUGUAGACCACACGUCGUGUUCGAAUUAUGCUAACUAAUUAAUGCCAUCUUUCAUUA